AUGACUGCCUGAUAAAAGUGAUGAUGAAGCUAAGGGCUGAAUCUCUCGUUUCACAGACACUAUUUUUAAUUUUGCUCAUCACAAUAGCUCAGAAAUGUGAUCACAUUCUGUUGGUAGGAGGAAAGAAAGUGCCUGCCAUUUUUGUGUUUGGGGACUCCUAUGGAGAUACAGGGAAUAAUGAUUUUAUUGGUACAACAAGUAGGGGAGACUUUCCUCCAUAUGGAAGAGAUUUCAAAGAUCACAUUCCCACAGGAAGGAUAUCCAAUGGAAAGCUCAUGUCUGAUUACUUUGCUGAAGGACUUGGAAUCAAGAAACUUUUGCCCCCAUAUCUGAACCCUAAGCUCAGUGACCAAGAUUUACUAACUGGUGUCAGCUUUGCAUCUUCUGGUACAGGCUUAGACAAUCUCACUGCCAAAAUAUUGGAUGUGAUACCAUUUUGGAAAGAAGUUGAGCUCUUUAAAGAAUAUAGAAAGAGAAUAACAGGAUUGGUGGGAGAAAAAGAGGCCACCACCAUAAUCAGAAAUGCAAUAUUUUUCAUUACAAUAGGCACCAAUGACUUCAUUGCAAACUACUUCCUAGUCUCAAGUCGUCGACUCCAAUUCACUGUUCAAGAGUAUACAGAUAUCCUCUUGAAAACCUACACAGCUAAUAUGGAGGAAUUAUACAAUCUGGGUGCCAGGAGAAUCGCUCUAAUUAAUGUUCCACCAUUGGGAUGUCUACCAGCAGAGAGAACUGUUACAAGCCUUCGGAACAAGGGAGCAUGUGACCAGGAGGUAAACCAGGCUGCAGAUGGAUUCAAUUCAGGAUUAUAUGCCAUGAUUGAUGUACUCGAACCUGCUUUGCCUGGGCUGAAAAUUGCUUAUCUCGACUAUCACAACCUGAUUUUCAAUAUCAUUGCAAAUCCUAGGAAAUAUGAUUUCGAGGUGGUUGCAAAGGGUUGCUGUGGGACGGGUAACAUAGAAGUUGGCUUUCUGUGCAACGAAUUGAGUCACACUACAUGUGCCGAUGCUUCCAAAUAUCUCUUCUUUGAUUCCGUCCACCCUACUGAGAAAGCAUAUCAAGUCAUUUCUAGUGUAUUUCUUACCAGAGAUGUUCCUAAGUUCUUUAAACUUGAUUAGAGUUUUCCUUGCAAAUGCAUGUGAUAUGCUGGAAAGGUUGGCCAUGGAAAUUUAAUAAAUUGGCUUGUAUAAGGAGAAUCUUGAACAGAGAAAUUUCUAUCCUGGUUAAAAAGACAAUAUGUUUUACUA